CUAGGCCGGGGAGCGGCGGAGCGGAGCGGCGCCCUCAGCCUCGCGGGCCUGCUUCUCAGCGGCGGCGGCAUGAGCGCGAGCGGCGCGGCGCCUGGCCCGGGCUCCUCCCCGGCAGCCUGCCGCUUCGCGCACUACUUCGUGCUGUGCGGUGUCGACGCGGACAGCGGGCUGGAGCCUGACGAGCUGGCGGUUUUGUACCAAUGGCUAGAAGCAGAUCGUCAUGGCAAGAGCCAAGAUGCUGCCAAUACGACUUCAGGUGAAAAUUUUGACCAGAGUCCUUUGAGAAGAGCAUUCAGAUCCAAAGUUCUGGCUCACUACCCUCAGAACAUAGAGUGGAACCCUUUUGAUCAAGAUGCAGUGAACAUGCUAUGCAUGCCCAAAGGGCUGUCUUUCAGGACACAAAGCGACAAUAAAGACCCUCAGUUCCACUCGUUUAUAAUUACUCGGGAAGAUGGCUCUCGAACCUAUGGCUUUGUCCUCACUUUCUUUGAAGAAGUUACAAGCAAGCAGAUCUGCACAGCAAUGCAGACACUGUACCAGAUGCACAACGCAGAGCACUGCAGCAGUGUGUGUGCCUCCUCCUCCUGCAGCAUGGACUCACUGGCGAGCAGUGCUGACGAGGCUGACUCAACCUCCCUUCUGAAACUUCAGCGGUACAACUCUUACGAUAUCAACAGAGACACUCUGUAUGUUUCGAAAAGUAUCUGCCUUAUCACCCCACUCCCUUUCAUGCAGGCCUGCAAGAAGUUUCUCAUCCAGCUUCACAAAGCUGUCACCUCGCAGCAGCCGCCUCCCUUGCCACUGGAAAGCUACAUCCAUAAUAUUCUUUAUGAAGUACCACUUCCGCCUCCAGGGCGGUCACUGAAGUUUUAUGGCGUUUAUGAACCUGUCAUCUGCCAGAGGCCUGGGCCCAAUGAACUCCCCCUCUCCGACUACCCUCUUCGAGAGGCCUUUGAGCUCCUGGGACUGGAGAACCUGGUGCAGGUGUUCACCUGUGUUCUGUUAGAAAUGCAGAUCCUUCUGUACUCACAAGAUUGUCAGCGCCUGAUGACAGUGGCGGAAGGCGUCACUGCCCUCUUGUUCCCGUUCCAGUGGCAGCAUGUAUAUGUGCCCAUCCUCCCCGCCUCCCUGCUGCAUUUUCUUGAUGCUCCUGUCCCUUAUCUGAUGGGUCUCCAGUCAAAAGAUGGCACUGACCGCUCCAAACUGGAGCUUCCUCAAGAGGCUAAUUUGUGUUUUGUGGAUAUUGACAACCAUUUUAUUGAGUUGCCUGAAGAAUUCCCACAGUUCCCCAAUAAAGUGGAUUUUAUCCAGGAGCUCUCUGAGGUCCUUCUCCAGUUUGGGAUCCCUCCUGAGGGUAGUCUGCAUUGCAGUGAGAGUGCCACCAAGCUGAAGAACCUGGUUCUCAAGGAUUUGGUCAAUGACAAAAAGAACGGUAAUGUCUCCGCCAACAGCAUCAGCAUGUAUGAGCUCCUGAAAGGCAAUGAAACCAUCGCUCGCCUGCAGGCCCUGGCCAAGCGCACUGGGGUGACUGUGGAGAAAGUGGACCUCUCCACAUGCCUGAGUGAAAAAGAUAAGGACCUGAAGCUGCAUUGUGAAGAGGCAGAACUCAGGGACUACCAGCUCAAUGUGCAGCUUCGGGAGGUCUUUGCUAACCGCUUCACACAGAUGUUCGCAGAUUAUGAAGCAUUUGUGAUUCAGACUGCCCAGGACAUGGAGUCCUGGUUGACCAACCGGGAACAGAUGCAGAACUUUGAUAAAGCUUCUUUCCUGUCUGACCAGCCUGAGCCUUACCUGCCGUUUCUUUCACGCUUCAUUGAAACACAGAUGUUUGCCACCUUUAUUGAUAAUAAAAUUAUGUCUCAGUGGGAAGAGAAAGACCCUUUGCUUCGGGUCUUUGAUUCUCGGAUUGAGAAGAUAAGAUUGUACAGUGUAAGGGCACCCACCUUGCGGACAUCUAUAUAUCAGAAAUGCAGCACUUUAAAAGAAGCAGCCCAAUCCAUCGAGCAGAGACUGAUGAAAAUGGAUCACACUGCAAUCCAUCCACAUCUGCUGGACAUGAAAAUUGGUCAAGGCAAAUAUGAGCAAGGGUUCUUUCCAAAAUUACAGUCCGAUGUCUUGGCAACAGGACCUACCAAUAACAAUCGCUGGGUGAGCCGGAAUGCUACAGCGCAGCGAAGGAAGGAGCGCCUUCGGCAGCACUCAGAGCACAUUGGCCUGGAUAGUGACCUGCGGGAGAAAUAUAUGCAAGAGGCACGAAGUUUAGGAAAAAACCUGAGACAACCAAAGUUGUCAGACCUCUCUCCUGCGGUGAUUGCACAGACCAACUCGAAAUUCGUAGAAGGCUUAUUGAAGGAGUGCAGGAUGAAGACCAAGCGCAUGCUGGUAGAGAAGAUGGGCCAUGAAGCCGUGGAACUUGGCCAUGGAGAGGCAAACAUCACCGGCCUGGAGGAGAAUACCUUGAUCGCAAGCCUCUGUGACCUGCUGGAGAGGAUAUGGAGCCAUGGCCUGCAGGUCAAGCAGGGGAAGUCGGCUUUGUGGUCACAUUUAAUCCAGUUUCAGGACAGAGAGGAGAAACAGGAGCACCUUGCGGAAUCGCCAGUUGCCCUCGGACCAGAAAGAAGAAAAUCUGACUCAGGAGUUACGUUACCAACACUCAGGGUCUCUCUUAUCCAGGAUAUGAGGCAUAUUCAGAACAUGAGCGAGAUCAAGACUGAUGUCGGGCGAGCUCGGGCAUGGAUAAGGUUGUCUCUGGAAAAGAAGCUUCUGUCUCAGCAUCUCAAGCAGCUGCUCUCCAACCAACCGCUCACCAAGAAGCUUUAUAAGCGCUAUGCUUUUCUGCGUUGUGAAGAGGAGAGAGAGCAGUUCCUCUACCAUCUCCUUUCCCUCAAUGCCGUGGACUACUUCUGCUUCACCAGCGUGUUCACCACCAUCAUGAUCCCAUACAGGUCGGUGAUCAUCCCGAUUAAAAAGCUGAGCAAUGCAAUCAUCACCUCAAACCCUUGGAUCUGUGUAUCAGGAGAGCUGGGAGACACAGGGGUGAUGCAAAUCCCCAAGAACCUCCUCGAGAUGGCUUUCGAGUGCCAGAACCUGGGGAAGCUCACCACUGUCCAGAUCGGGCACGACAACUCAGGGCUGCUAACCAAGUGGCUAGUGGACUGCGUCAUGGUCAGAAAUGAGAUCACAGGACACACAUACAGGUUCCCAUGUGGGCGCUGGCUGGGGAAAGGUGUGGACGAUGGGAGCCUGGAGAGGAUUCUCAUUGGGGAACUGAUGGCACCGGCAGUGGAGGAGGACCUUGGGAAGCAGUGUCGGACCCCGCCCCAGCAGAAGUCACCCACCAUGGCCCGGAGGCUGAGCAUCACCUCACUGACUGGGAAGACUGCCAGGCCUAAUGCUGGACAGAUCCAGGAGGGGAUCGGAGAAGCCGUGAACAACAUCGUGAAGCAUUUUCACAAGCCUGAGAAAGAGAGGGGGAGCCUCACCCUGCUGCUCUGCGGAGAAAAUGGCCUGGUUGCAGCCCUCGAGCAAGUUUUCCACCAUGGCUUCAAGUCGGCCCGCAUCUUUCAUAAAAACGUCUUCAUUUGGGACUUCGUGGAGAAAGCAGUUGCUUAUUUUGAAACCACCGAACAGAUUCUAGACAGUGAAGACGAAGUCCUUAUUCAGAAAUCAUCCUACAAAACCUUCUGCCACUAUGUGAAUGCUAUCAAUACAGCACCCAGGAACAUUGGGAAGGAUGGCAAAUUCCAGAUUUUAGUUUGUCUUGGAACACGGGACCACCUGCUCCCACAGUGGAUCCCAUUGCUGGCUGAGUGCCCCGCCAUCACCCGCAUGUACGAGGAGAGCGCACUGCUGCGAGACCGCAUGACUGUCAACUCGCUUAUCCGGGUCCUGCAGACCAUCCAGGACUUCAGCAUCGCCCUGGAGGGCUCACUCAUCAAAGGCGUGGAUGUGUGAGGAGGGCUGGGCGGCCUGCCUGUGCCAGGCCCUCAGUGGAUUUGUCUGGGCAGUGUGAGUCCUCAGGCAGCCCUAUGGGCCCAGUGUGACGGUCCUCACUCGCAGCCAGGGCGGAUCGCCCUAAUGUAGUUCAUUUGAACCUGGAAUUUAGUAUAAAAUAGAGUAUUUUCAUGUGUUAGAUGUGUGUAAAUAUGCUAUCUUCUGUAAGAAAUUCUGUUACCCUAAUAAGAUACUUUUCAUAGAUUGAAUAUUCCUGUGACUUAAAUCCAUAGUUUGACAGCGUUAGAGGUAGGGGAGUGGUGCUAGUCGGGAAGAAGCCAGUAAUCCUGCUCACGUAGGUGCCAGGCAGCUGUCCCCAGGGUCACAGUGGCCUCCUCCCGGCACAGCCUCCUGGUACCCAGUGUACCAGUGGUGUAGCCGUCCUCAGCUUAAGUCAUAAACAUUCGGUACCUUUCAACUAGGACUCACUCUUCUAGUCUUUGCCACAGUUUUUCAUUUGGCAUAAGGAAAAGAUAGAAAGUAUUUUAAAUACCAAACCCCAGGAGUUUGGCUGCACUGCAGAGAGAACAGGGCCAAGAUAGACUCACUCCAUUCUUGGCAUUUUUGCUUCUGUUACUGGAGGGACUGGGGGAGGUUUUCAGAGUGUUAGCAGCUCCCUUCUGGCUUCUGGUGUCUUCACCUGGCAUCUGUGCUCUGUGGAGCCCGUACCCUGGGGGUCACAGGAGCCCCUUGGCCUGCCCGUCCCCCUCCAGAAAGGGAACCUGGAGAAGGCCUUGGCUCUGUGUGGCCUGGAAUGUUUUGUGAAAGUAUCUGUUGACCAUUAUAAUGCAAAUAACAGAAGGAGAGGGGAAGAAUGAACCCUUGCGGGUGUCUCAGGGCAAGCUUUGUGUCCCUCUGUGAAAAGGGGUAUAAUGUGAAACAACAGCCAGAGACAGUAAAGGCCACUGCCGCAGGAACUGCCUGAAUGCAAAUGAACCAGGAGGCAACCGUUUUGAAAGACCAAAAGUUGCAGGUAGCUUUCCAAUUUGAUGGUUUGGUUUGGUCUUGGUUUUGGUCUUUUGAGAGGGUCUCACUAAAUUGCCCAGACUGGGCUCAAGCUUGCCAUCUUCCUGCCUCAGCCUCCUAGACUGCUGAAAUCCAGGCCUGCUCCACACACCGGACCAGUUUGGUAGUUUAUUAAGAAGCUAAGUGAAUCUAGUGUUAGCUGGUUCCCUUAACUUGUCUUCAGGCAGGUCCUGGAACUAAUGAGACAGUGGCACGGUGUUAGCAAAACUGUCUCAGCAGAGCUCAGCUUUUAUCCCCUGUGUGGCUGAAAAAGUGAAGCCAGGGCCUCACAGGACCCUGUAGGACAGGAAGGCCCUGGGCUUCACCAGCACCAUUAUUUCCCUCAGUUCCCGGAGGAAGGGAGUAAACAAGUGCCAGGAACCCUGGCACAUCCCCUGUGACGGGCAACUUCUGACCUGGUGCUGGGAGGAGAGGGCUGCCAAGCGCUGAGUUGAGACCAGGGGAGGAGCACAGAAGGUUUGGUGACCUGAGUGACUGAAAGCAGUACAUGCCGAAGUGGUACAGCUGCCCUAGGGCCCGGAAGUCUGCCGUAGGAGGCAUCCAGAGCCUGCUUCCCUUGGGCCCUGGCUGUGUUUGGUGAUCACCGUCCAGGCUACUUGGGUGAGCCCAGAGGAUCAGAGUUCAAAGGCAGACUCAGCAACAGAAACCACAGGUGGUCCAAUGCAGUGUCACCCUUGCCACCUUCCCCACUUUCCCCCCUGUACAGAUGGAAGCAUGGUGCCUGAGGACUGAGACUCAGUGCUGGCCCUACCCCUGCUGGCCAUGGUGCUGCUUGUUAUACCAGGCUGCAGGACACCAACCUACAAGGCAUUCUGUAGUCUUUUUGUCCUUUGAUUUUUAUGUAUCCACCUAUACAGACAGAAAAUAAUAUUCCCUUUAUAUUCAUUUAUAAGGACUGAUAAUUCAUCAGAAGUUACAUCUGUUGUAAAAACUGGGAGCAAAGUUGCAUGGGGGCCCCAUGGGUGACAGCUCAUUCUUUUGGAUAAUUCCAGUGGUAGUAAAUCAGCCUUUCAGAAUAAAUUUAAUAUUGGAAAUAACAUAAAGUCCUUAAGAUCCAAGUUAGAUGCAUAAAAAAGAAUGCUGUAACUGGGUUUGGGGUCCCUGCGUGUGAUUAUAAUUUAAUUUUCCUGUGGCUUAUAACUGUCUCUGACCCAAUACCAAAAUAUUUUGAGUAAGCGAGUAGCAGAACUCUUGAAUAAAUGCCCAUCACUGCUCAAGCUGACUUUUUGAUGGACCAUAUGCACUUAGAGGAAUCCUCUCUGCUAUGUUAAUUUUUUUUUUUUUUUUUCGGUACCGGGGAUCAAACUCGGGUCCUUGCGCUUGCGCAGCAGGUGGCGAAACCACUGAGCUACAUCCCCGGCCCCCUGCCCCCUGCUACAUUAAUUUUUAAAAUCAGUAUAUUGCUUUAGAAUUACAUCUCAGUAAAUAGCCAAUGCUGUCUUUGUCCCUCCUCCCACUUCCAAAUAAAUUAAAAGUUAAUGCCUGGGACCAUAAAUAGUAUUUUCACAUCAUAAUAGCUUGAGGAAAAAUUGUUUUAAAGUGGAAUUGCUGGGCUGAGAGUAUAGCUCAGUGACAGAGCACUUACCUAGCAUGCCCUGGGUUGCACCCCUGCAAAAGUAAAUACAGCUGUGCCUCGGUUUAUGAACUUAAUUUUUUUACAGUUUUGGGGAAGAUGGCCGUAGUCAUGUUGUCAUCCAGUGCAGAGUUUGGGAACAAGCAAAAUUUUGUCAAACGCUUUUGUUUACAAACAGAAGUGUUCAUGGACUGAGGUAUGCUACUGUAAAUAAAUACAUGGCCAAAAAGUUAUCUCCUCAAAAAUGCAUUCUAUGUGCUUUUUAUAUGUUCCGAAACCUACAUUCCCACCCUUUCUGACACAGUGGUGUUACCCAAUUUGGGCAUUGUGUGAAACCCUGUGUCCAGGAUCUGGGAGGGGCAGGCAGUGUUAGCACGCAGCUCUUGAGUGGGAGAAGUAGGCUCCCAAGAGCAAAGCCAGCCUCCUGCCCUUUGUCUCAUUGGUAAUGAGAGUUUGAUACAAGAAAUCAAAAUGUGCAAAGGCUUGGAUUUCCCUCUAAAUUUUAUUUUAAAUAUUUCACACAUUUUAUACCUUUUGUAGUCCUGUGGUGUUUCUUUUAACAUGGCUUUUUAAAAAUUGUUUUAAUGAAUUUCUGUCACUAUGUGAAUGAUGUAGGGGAAAUACUGAAUUGCUCGUAUUUCCUUUUUUGGCAAUAAAGCACUAUUGUAUGUAACUGUAAGUGAAAAAGAGGCUGAGACUAUGCAGAAUAGCCCAUGUGUGGUAUAUUUUGACACCCUAGGAUAUUUUGAAACAUGAGGCUAUAGACAAGGACCUCAGAUCCCCAGGGAUGUUUUUUUUUGGUACCGGAAUCAAACUCGGGACCUCACGCUUGCAAGACAGGCAGUGGAACCACUGAGCUAAAUCCCCAGCCUGGGAUGUAUUUAUUUGACAGCAUUGAGAAUAUAGCUCUUCAUAAUGAAAUACCUUCUUCGACUAAGAAAUGACUUUUCAGUAGAUUUUUUCAUUUAGAAAACUGUGAGUAUUUUCUGUGAGGUUUACAGAAACUAGCCUAUCCUUUUCACCAUGUUGAAGGGACAAUCAGAUCUGUAGUAUUUACAUCUCAGUAUUAACACACCCUCAUUGAUUGAGAAUGAGUCUGGAGCUCUUCUCUACAUCCAUGAAGUGAAUCCUAUCCCUACAUCGGCUGCCUGGCUCUCACAUAAGUAUGUACCAUUAUCAUUCAGUGUACAUAGACAGGAAGGAUAGCAAACUACUAGUUCCUUUAUUCCUAUUCAGAUACACUUAUAAAUCUGUUAAACUGAAUUCCAAGUUUUUGAAGAGGUUGCUAUUGCAUUGUAAUUGAAGGAGUCCAAGGAGGGCUGGGGCUGUAGCUCAGUUGUAGAGCACAUACUUAGCAUGCACAAGGCCCCAGUUCAAUCCCCAGCACCACCAAAACACCAUAACAUUGAGAUAUUGAUACCAGCAUGAAAACAACUCGUCAAGUAAAGUUUCUCCUGCUUGAAGCAAUCCAGUAUAUCCUCAGGUUAUUAGGAGGGAAUAACACUUGGUCCAGUUAACUGAGUGUGCUUGUGUGUUGGACCCUAUCUUAAUUCUACACAUCACAUCUUGUUGACAGUAGAGAAGUACAGUAAGGAGUUCUGUUGUCAAUCAAAUGAGGGUGUGAAGCAGAAAAAGUCCUCUGUGUUACACUUGAACCAUGUAUAAAUGUAGCCUGUGUCUUUAAAUUAGCAUUUCUGCAUUUAAAUUAUAUUUUUCCAUUGUAUUGUUAACAAAGUGUAUCAGAACUGGAUUUUUUUUUUCCUCAUCUGAACAUAAUACAGAAUUUAAAGAGUAUUGUGAUAUUAAGCACUUUAACAUAUCAGACAAACCAACGUGGGUUUUUCAGGUUUUGGAGUACAUUUAAAUAUGACUUUUCAUGCUUUGUUCUUUACAAAUAAAAUUGUGGGGUUGAUACUUUC